CGCGUCCGGAAGUGACAUAACACCGUGGAGGGGUUGGGAAGCUGCAAACCCGAGUUAACUGCUGUGACUGGCUGCGAGUGACAGGCGCUUCGUAUGCUGAGAAGAGAAAUGAAAACCAGAUCGUCUCCUCUGCUCCAUGUUCAUGUUGAUGAAACCACCCCUGUCCAUGUCCAUGUUAAAAAGAGCCCAAAACCAUCAAAGAAAGUUCAGCAAAAGCUGAAAGGAGCCUGGGAAUGUGGCAACCUACGAGAAACCAGUAAGGUCAAACCCAAGAUCCCAUGGAUUCCACCAGGGAAAACAUCAGUGAGGGAUGUUGGCUACAAAUGGGAGGGCCCAACUCAUCGUUUAGAUAUAACUCCAGUUGACACUCAGAAGUUCCACUCAACGCUUCAUUUGAGUGACCUCUCCACAGAUGAUGAGGAGGCUAUACAUGGGAAGAUGAAUGAGUAUGAAGAGAAAAUUGAUUGUCUUAUGAGCCAAGUGGGAUCACUAAAAAAUGAAAUUGAACUGAGGAAGAAAAAUCACCUGUUGGAACAGCAAAAGGAGGAGUUGAAUGUGUCCAAGCGAUUGAUUGAAGAGAAAGAGGAGGAAUUAGCUGAAGUCACCAAGGAGCUAGUUCUUACAGAGCACAAGAAUGAACUACUUCAAAGAGACCUUGAGAUGAUGAAAGAGGAUCCAGCUGUUUCCUGCUUGGAGAAGAAACACUGGCGAAAAGAUAAGGACACCCUGUUGAAAAUGCUGGUGGAGGCUGAAAUGGAUGGGGCAGCUGCGGCCAAACAGGUUGCAGCCCUGCGCAGUGCCAUCAGUAAAUUACGCAUGGAGAAGCCAAUACCAAUGUCAGAAAGUAACCUGUUACAAAGGCAGAAGGAGUUGCUACUGCAGAAGCUGGAAACUUUUGAUGCAACAAAUCGAGUGGUUCGACAGUUACUGAAGGAGCAGCACUCACAGGAGACUGAUGCCUUGAGACUGUUUGAGCAAAAGGAAGCCCUUCUUGAAAAACUGGCCCAGUCAGAAGCAGAAAAUGCGCGCUUGUCCAUGAAGCUGCAGGAAGUUGAAAAUCAGAUUGACCAACUCCGCAUUCAGUAUCGAACAGAAAAGGAUAAUGCUCGUGCAGCAGCAGAGUUCUCCAAAUCACUUGAAACUACACGAGCCCACCUACAAGGACAGCUUCGCAGCAAAGAGGCAGAUAACAAUCGGAUGCUUGUUCAGAUCAGGAAUUUUGAACGUACCAUCUCACAACAGAAGGGGGAGUUGGACUACCUGACAGACCAACUAAGGCAAUUCCAAAAGAAAAGGGACAGGGACAAAGAGGCCUUGAAGAAAGCAACCAGGGCUCAAAAGCAACGAGCAGAACGCAGUGAAGAUGCAGUUGAGCUACUCAAUGCCCAGUUAAUUGACAAGGAGUCGCAGCUGGCAGACGCAUUGUCAGCGGUCGAGACGUGGAGAAGUUCUCAUAACAAGGUGAUGAAAGAAAAGAGUCAGUUGGAUGUUGAGAUUUCACUCUUGAACAACCGCAUUACAGAUCUGUUGGAUCAGACUCAUCAUGUGGAGGACAAGGCUCGGGGAGACAUGGAGUCAGUGAUGGGCAAGCUGCAGAAGAUGUCAUCUGAGAGCACCAGUGUCAAAAUGGAGAAUGAGACAAUGAAGGCAAAUAUGUCAGCUGUGGAGGAGAAGCUGACACUUGCUCAAUCUGAGAUGCAGCAGUUGAAAACCUCUAUCAAACGUUAUGAAGGGCUGGUGGAUAGCUACAAAUCUCAGUUGAUGAAGACACGAAUGGAGGCGGAUGAGUACAAUGCAAAACUGGAGAGGGCAGAGAAGGAGAACAAGCUACUGAAAGAUGAUGUGAACAAGGAAAUUGAUCAGGUCCGGAGACAGAUGCAGAAAAAGCUGACCGAUUUGGAGCCCGUUCCUGAGUUGUUGAAGUUAACUGAGCACAAGCUUCAGGAUUGCCAACAGCAGCUCGCAAUAUAUGAGAGAAAAAAUGUAGAUCAGUCAUCUGUCAUAUGUAAUCUCAAGAUGGAGAUUGAGGAGCAGAGUAGCAAGACAAGAGAGAAGUGCCAGCAUUUGCAAGAAGAAAAUUAUAAUCUGAAGCUGAAGUUGGAGACUUUGGAAAGGUUAGUUUUUAUUGAGUGUAAUUAAAAGGGGAAGGAGCUAACUGAAAUAUUGUUGCCGUACAAGAGAAGGUGAGCUAAAUCCAGACUCUCUCUUCCUUUACUGUUGGGAUGCAUUAUGCGUUUCUGUUUGGGAGUUUCAUUUCUCCUACCCUCUUUUUGUCUGAUCAACUUAAGUGUCCUGGAAAGGGAGUUCUCAAACCCAUCCCACCCACCCCGACCAGUUUCUCUUCCAACCACAUGACUGUUAAAAUUUCCUUAGCCCUUCAAAGGUAGACACUGUAUUAAACUUUGUUCUAAUACUAGAGCCAUGUGGUUUCUUAGUCUUAAGAGGGGUAAUAUUACUGCUUGAUUGGUGUCAAAAUGGCUUGCUUCUCUUUUUAAAAAAUCCUUUCCCUUACUCCUUACAAAUUUUGGACUGUUUUUCAUAAGACAAUUUGUUGUACGUACUGAAUUAUGUUGUCCUAUUUUUUUUAAAGGAGGAACAACUGAGGAAACCUGUUAGAACAAAGCAGCUCUUAAUUCUCCAAAGAUGGAUUAAACUUGAAAGGCAAAUUGUGAAAACAGAAGUGGACUGUUAACUAAACUUAAAAUUUUUUGAUUAAGAAUUUAAACACUAUGAUGUGUAUAGGUCAUGUGUUCAUUGC